GAAUAUAAUCCUGAAUACUCCUAAACCUACUCUUGUAAAUGCGCGGCCCAAGGGUGACUGUCGUGUAGUGUAGCAGUUUAGGGUUAACUUUAGGCCAGAGAUAAUACGCGCUGCUCUGUACAUUUUGUACUUUUCACAUGUUCUGUUCCCGUUUCAUAUUCUGAUUUUGUCUAUGUUUUUGUGUGAAACAUCUUGUUGAACUGUGCAUAACUCCUGUGUGACCUUGAUACUGAGUGUGCAAAACACAUUCCAUAACUUUCCACUGCUGAUACUCCCUAUGAAGUGUAUAUAAACGCCCUGACGCAGUUGUGUGUCAGGACACGCCGAGAAUAAACCAGAUUGAUUUAACUCAUGUGGUUCGCUCUCUUCUUGUCCUCGGAGAUCUCCUGGUAACGCAUCUGAACAGCACGCAGCGCAAUCUUAACAAUUUGGUGACCCCGACGUGAUACUCUCAAUCAGGGGAAGACAAUACACGUGGACGCGGUUGCCACAGGGUUUCAUUGAUUCACCGGCGGUCUUCACUGCCGUAUUGCGGGACGCGCUGGCUGAUCUCUGUCUUCCCCGGGGCUCCACGGUGCUCCAGUACGCGGAUGAUCUUCUGGUAACGGCGGAGGAUCAAGACGCUUGUGCUGCCGCCACAUUGUCUCUCCUCACACUCCUGGCGCAGAAGGGUUUCAAGGUCUCCCGCACGAAGUUGCAGUUUUGCCUCACAACUGUUCGCUACUUGGGACAUGACCUCUCCCAGGGUUCCAGGAGGCUUAGCCCGGAACGCGUUCAAGUCAUUGUGGACACUCAGGUACCUGCAACCAAGCACGCUCUCAUGGCAUUUCUGGGCCUCAUCAAUUACUGUCGUCAAUGGAUCCCUGACUGUUCAAUCUAUGACAAGUGUUUGCGUUCAGCUAUAAGUCACUCAGAUCCUUUGACUCAGCCCCUGGUCUGGACUGAGGACAUGCUAACGGCCUUCAAGGCUCUGAAGCAAGCUUUGUGCUCCGCCCCUGCUCUCGGGCUGCCGAACUAUCGUUUGCCGUUUCACCUGUAUGUGUGCAAUCAGAAGGGGACCGCCUCUGGGGUGCUGGCUCAGGAGCACGGGGGGGGCAUGCGACCUUGCGCGUUUCUGUCUAAAACUCUUGACGCUGUGGCACAAGGGCUUCCUGGCUGUCUUAGGGCUGUUGCCGCGUGUGCUCUCAUGGUCACGGACGCUGAAAAACUUGUUUUGUCGCAUCCGCUCAUUUUACACACUUCACAUGACGUCGUGUACAUUCUGCGGAAUCUUAGCACUCAGCAUUUGUCUGCUCAGCGUCGCUCUGGCUAUGAGUUUAUUCUUUUGGCCACAGAGCAUCUCACUGUUAAGCCCUCCUCGUCGUUUGAUUCUGUCGCCCACGCUCUUCAGCGUCUUCUUAACUCACAGGAUGACGAUGUUGCGUUUGACUCACAUGACUGUCUUUCUAAUAUCGUUUUUGAGACUAGCAUCCGCCCAGACUUACACUCCACCCCUCUUUCCACAGGCGAUUCUCUUUUUGUAGAUGGUUCCUGUUCCCGCCCUGCGGAUGGUGUGUUCCUGUGUGGUUACUCUGUUUGUCGCCUCCCUGAUGAAAUUGUUGAAGCUCAUUCUUUGCCUUUUUCUUCUGCUCAGGCUGCGGAGCUCUAUGCUUUGACUCGCGCAUGUAUUUUGGCUCAAGACACAGACGUUACUAUUUACACCGACUCACGCUACGCUUUCGGCAUGGCGCACGACUUCGGCCGCAUUUGGGCGUCUCGGGGGUUUACGACAGCCGACGAAAGUUGCUGUGACAAUAGCUGACGGCCUUUUCAGGGAUCCCCUUCCAGCAUCUGGAGCAAUCCAGUUUCGGCUGAUCUACAAAGAGGGGAUGGUUGGUGAGUCUUGCAAAGUUCUGGGCUGAAGAGUCUGAAAAGCACGGGAGCCUGUGAUAUUUUUCGCCGUCUGCACCCUGUGAGCAUUAGAGAACAAAGUCAGUGACCAGUAUGACUUUCUUCAUCAUCGUGCUGAUCUCAACGCUUGGGGCAGGGUUACCCGCACAAGCAAUACACCGGGACCCAAGGGAUAACGAGUUUUAGAAAUAUGUAAACUUCACUGUAAAAACAUCAAUGAAUAUGAGUAUACCUUGUUAUGUGUGUUCUUUGUUACCCCAUGACAGCAGCGAUCCUUUUCCGGUCCGAAUAGCCCCAUCUAACUACUCUAAGGUUAAUAUGACAUGGCUCAGCCUGUGGCCCUCGUAUACUCAAACUAAGGUUUUCCUGACAGACAAUACAGACCCAGAGGUAAGGUUGUCAAUGCACUGGGGUGUGAAUAAUACUCUGGGCUUGCGUCAGAGUAUUAAAGAGGGGAUUGUAAGAAUAUAAUCCUGAAUACUCCUAAACCUACUCUUGUAAAUGCGCGGCCCAAGGGUGACUGUCGUGUAGUGUAGCAGUUUAGGGUUAACUUUAGGCCAGAGAUAAUACGCGCUGCUCUGUACAUUUUGUACUUUUCACAUGUUCUGUUCCCGUUUCAUAUUCUGAUUUUGUCUAUGUUUUUGUGUGAAACAUCUUGUUGAACUGUGCAUAACUCCUGUGUGACCUUGAUACUGAGUGUGCAAAACACAUUCCAUAACUUUCCACUGCUGAUACUCCCUAUGAAGUGUAUAUAAACGCCCUGACGCAGUUGUGUGUCAGGACA